GCUCAUUCGCUGUCACUAUGCUGCCAUGAAACAGCAUGAAGAGUGGGCUAUCAACUUGACUGCAGGUUUUCUUAAGUUAUGCGCGACUGCAGCUCGUUUUUUAAAGUGUUGGAGCAGUCCUGAAGUGAGGUGUGGUGUUUUGACAUCAAGAUGAUAACUCUGGUGUUCACCAGCGUUUUAGCGGGACUGCUGGCUCUUGUUCUCUAUCAGAGGAUGACUUAUCCCUUCUUCUGGUUGGAUCUGAUUUAUUACUUGAAACUUUGGCGGUACAGAAAGACGCUGCAGGCUAGUAUGCAACAAGGAAUCAUCACGUACCUCGACUGUUUUCUCUACCAGGCGAGGAAUAACCCGAACAAACCCUUCAUUAUUUUCGAAAACCAGACUCUGACAUACCAGGAUGUGGAAAGCAGAAGUAACCAGUUUGCCAACGCGUUCAGGACGGAGAGCUCUUUGAAAAAAGGAGACAUUGUUGCUCAGUUGAUGUGCAACGAACCGGACUUUAUUUGUGUGUGGUUGGGACUGUGUAAACUGGGCUGUCAAAUCGCCUUUCUCAACGUCAACAUUAAAGCCAAAUCUCUGCUUCACUGCUUUCAAAGUUGCGGGGCCAAGACGCUUGUUGUUGGCGCAGAUUUGGUGCGUUUGGUGGAGGAGGUUCUGCCUGAUAUGAAGAAGGACAACAUCGCUGUGUGGGUGGUGGAUCACACAUCACCCUCUGAGGAUUUCAACAGUUUAUUAGAUAAGGUGGAACACAUGUCUGGAGAAACCUUAAGUGAACUUCCUAAAGUUGACAUCAUGUCAAACUUCCUCUUCAUUUUUACUUCAGGCACUACAGGUCUCUCCAAGGCAGCCCGCAUAGGUCAUCUGAAGGCCAUUGUGAGUAUGGCCUUCUUUCCAAUGUGUGGAGCCACAUCUGAUGACGUCAUCUACAUCACUCUUCCUCUUUACCACAUGUCAGCUUCCCUGUUGGGAAUUGGAGGAUGCAUACGCAUUGGUGCAACUUGUGUGUUAAAAAAGAAGUUUUCUGCCAGUCAGUUUUGGAAGGAUUGUGUGCAACACAAUGUGACUGUGGUGCAAUACAUAGGCGAACUCUGUCGAUACCUGGUCAACCAUCCCGUGGUUCCAGAGGAGAGAGUGCACAGUGUUUGGCUGGCAGCAGGAAGUGGUCUCCGGUCAGAUGUUUGGAAGGAGUUUGUCAAACGCUUUGGUAGGAUCAAGCUGAGAGAGGGUUAUGGUUUGACUGAGGUCAGCAUCGGCUUCCUAAACUACACCGAUGAGGUCGGACCGAUUGGGAGGGCGAGCUAUUUCAACAAGCUUUCGAUGCCAUUUGAGAUCCUUAGAUAUGAUCCACAAACAUACGAGCCAGUCAGAGCAGACUCUGGAAGAUGCAUACGAGCAAAAAUAGGAGAGGCAGGGAUCCUGGUAACUCCUCUGACAGCUAUGAACCAGUUUCUGGGCUAUGCUGGGAACCAGGUCCAGUCUGAGAAGAAGCUGCUCAGGGAUGUGUUUAAAGCUGGGGACAUCUAUUUCAACACUGGAGACCUACUGCUCCACGAUCACAGGGACUUUCUGUAUUUCCUUGACCGCAUUGGAGACACCUUCAGGUGGAAAGGAGAGAAUGUAUCCACUACAGAGGUGUCAGACGUUUUAGGUCUUCUUGAUUUUAUCAAGGAGGCCAAUGUCUAUGGAGUCACCGUUCCAGGAUAUGAAGGUCGAGCAGGUAUGGCUGCUCUUGUCUUAAAACAUGAUCACAACUUAAAUGGAACAAAACUCUACACCCAUUUAGUAAAAACACUUCCUGCAUAUGCCUGGCCACGGUUUCUCAGAAUACAGACCUCUCUGGAUGUGACUGAGACAUUCAAGCAGCAGAAAGUGAAGCUGGUCCAGGAGGGCUUUAAUCUGGAUAUCACCCAGGACCCUCUGUAUUUCUUAGAUGUCUCUCAGAAGGACUAUAUUCUCCUGACUGUAUCUAUAUAUCAAGACAUUGUGUUGGGAAAGAUCAAUUUAUAAACAUCUUAAGACAAGCUUAUUCCAGAGUACUGACAGACAUCUACAGUACAUUUAAUGAUAAACUAAAGAUAAUCCGUGUCAUGGCCACAUUUCCAAUUGUCUUUGCCGAAAAACCCUGAGUUGUGAUCAGUGCAACAGUGAGUGGUUCCCAGCAUUUUUAAUUUGCAAACCCAUAAAAAACAAAGCUCUAUCUACUUGGGACCCCUUCUCACAAUUUGCAUAUGUCAGCGAGUCGUGAGCACUUACACCAACAACUGAAGCUUCUUUCUCAGAUUGUUUUCAAUAAUUUAUAUCAGCCUGAAAGGAAAGGAAAAAUUGUAAAGUACUUCAAAAUAAAAGAAUUAGAUUUUUUUUACUUAGUUAGUAACUGUAAAUUUUAAAAUAUUUACCUCGACUACAAAGAGAAGCAGGCCUUUAUUAGAAACAGGUUCAGACAUGUCACUAUUUCUAAUUUUCCCGUGUUUUGCACAGUAAAUAUAUUUGAUCACAUUUUAGUGUUCCUCCCUGUAUUGUGGUCUAAUCAUAUUUUAGUUUGCUGUUUGCAAAGUCAGCAUUUCCUCUGUGUUUACCCGUUGUCUUGAUAAAUUCAGUACCAUUUAUCAUACCUGCCUUUCCACAGCCCUAAUUCAGUCAGUACAACAAAAACAUAUCAUACCAUUCUACUGCUCUCCCUUUCUCUUUUUAACAGAGAGGCUGUUUUAAUUCACUUAUUAUUUCCACUUGCAUCUGCUUAACUAUUAAUAACUGUUAAUGAAAGUAAGCACUGCAUGUUUUCCACUAAAGAGAAAUGUGCAUGUUGAAAUUCUUACUGAAUUUAUACUUAACAUUUCAUGGACAUUAAGUUUUAACAAGUUAAUAUAUGAUUUUGUACAGUAUGUUUCACAAGCUGUGGGGCCAGAAAUUCAGAGAAAAGGUAGGUGUUUUGAUUAUUGCUCUGGAAAAAAAGCUUUUUUUCACAUUGUGUCACAUGAAAAAUUGCAAGGGACUGAUUCCUAGUCCCUUGGAUGCCAGCCAGGGUCAAAAUUUGGAUCCAUAUUUAUUGUUGUUAAACUUACCUACCGGCUGUCCCUCCUGUUACAUUAAUUGGUCAAGAGUGCAUGAUCCCUUCCUUUCCUUGUUGAGUUUCAUUGACAGUAGCUUUACAGUGCUAAAAAAACAAAACACAACAGAACAAACAAACAAAAAACAACAUAAAACUGUGUGUUAGUGCUGUGGAAAUGGAUAUUAUACUGAAUUUAUCAUGUGA